CAGGUUUACUCUUCUCCAUAUGUAAAAAGUUUGCUUUUUUUUUUUAAAUCUCCUUCAUUCCCAUCGACAUGAGAUCUGUGUUUACCCAUUAUACCCAUUGGUUAAGUUUAAGGCUGAGGAAUAGCCGUUGUAUCAGCAAUAUGACAACGAAGCACAAUAGAAACCAAUGGGAUUCAAACACUUGGUCCAGACGCCACGGUUAUCAGCUGCCAAUUGAUCAAUACCUUAUUGCUCAAUGGAUAUGUCUAUUGUUGAUUGAUACAAGCUUUUUUUGCUUCUUGAUUCAUUUUCUUGGAAACCCUCCGUCAAUAGCAGAUAAGCAGCUUCAUCAAGCCACAGAGGGAAGUCUAGAACGAACAACCUCCUCACCAUCGUCACCGUCAUUGUCAACACCAUUCCCUUCAAACAACACUAUUUUUGGUUCGGCAACCAUCAUUUUAAGCAACUGGAAAAUCAUGAUUCUGAUCAGUCUACUAGUGAAAAUACUUAGCAUAACCGUGUCUACCAUUGAAACAGAAGAUCCUGCAGUGAUCGGACAACGAGGGCAGACGGCACGCAGUCAAACUUACGUUAGAAGGCUCGGUAUACCAGUCAUAGACAGCUAUACUGGUAUUUGUAAUAUAUGCCGGGUAAAAGUUGACAAAAGCACUCGGCAUUGUAAACUAUGCAAUAAAUGUGUAGAAAAGAUGGAUCACCACUGCAAAUGGUUAAAUUGCUGUAUAGGAAAACGUAACUACAAGGCUUUUCUAGCAUUGAUCACCACAGCAUUCUUUUCCUUGAUAUGGUAUACGUCAAUUGCAUUGUAUGUCGUCUAUUUAUCCAUGUAUUAUAAGGACCAGUUUGUUGUAUAUGCAUUACAGGUCUUUUACUCAUCGGACGAGCAAACGUCUACAAUAACACAAAAGCAUCUUGAUAGCAUAUACUACAUAGGUGUGGUUUUGGCCGUAUUAAUAGCAAUUUUGGCGCUUGUAUCGACUGUCUCAAUCACACGAUUGUUAUUCUUUCAUGUUCAGUUAGCAAAGGCAAACAUAACAACGAUAGAAUAUUUGAAUAGUUAUCAAUACGCUGCGUACGAAUCUGACGACGAUGACGAUGACGACGAUGAGAUAGAUGAUACUGACUACUGCGAAUAUAAUUGUCGACAAUAUUCAGCAACAGCCACAGAAAAGAGAAACACUGAGACUAAUAAUAAAAGAUGGGUAAUCACUCGACCUUGUCAGAAGAUUCAUCGGAUAUUGAGACGCAAAUCGCGGCGUACUUGGGUUUCUAUCGUCAAAAAGGUAUAUUGCUCACGUCAUAUGCGGAAGAGACACUCCUUCGCUUUCUCAUCCACUUCGACCAUGGCGGGCUUAUAUUGCUGCCGCUUUUGUUCUUCGACUACCUUAAAAAAGCCUCAUCUUCUACCAUAUACCACUCAACGCACCUUCCGCCAUUAUUCGACCGACGAAUCGCUUGCUGUAAAUGAUGAUAAACGAAUUGAUAUGGAAGAAUUUCUGGAAAUAAGACCUAUCCGGCAAAACAUGAGUUUCGCUCAGGUGAGUAAGGUUGUUGAAACUGAACAAGAAGGACAGGAAGGCCCCAGUUAUGAGGAUGAUAUGGGCUUGGAUUUCUCGAUUCUGGACUACAGCAGUGAAUCAGAAGCAGACAUUAACACUACAACUGCAGUGGAAAGUUUACAACUAAAAAAAAAGGGCAGCAGUAGUAAAAUCGCCAGAUUGCUAGAUAUUUCAGAAGAAGACACGAAAGCAUUAUUAACACAAUAGCAGGAGGCAGAUGUUUGAAAAUGGUACAUAAACUGCAGCGAAAGGUUGAUCUUGUUUUACUUUGGAUAUUUAUUUAUGUAUAUAUAUCUCUCGACCAGUCUCCAUAUUUUAUUUCCAAAAGCGACGAUACGCGCCAGUUCAUAUCGUUCAGUAUUGCAUUGAGCUCAUACUUCAUACUCCUUGAAUAAUUCAUAUUACAUGUUCUAUACUUAAUUUAUACCCGUCGUACUUUUUAAAAUUUUUUUCAAGGAAUUUACAAGAAUGUCACCGUUUACUGAAUAAAACAGAUGCUUGCGAGCUUCACGUGCAAUACCUUAGGGCACUGACGGAAGCGCAGAGUGAGGAUAUAUUAUAAAUAAAAAAAAUAAAAAAACUUGUUUGGAAUAG